GCGCGCGUGUGCGUGUGUGUGUGUGAGAGUGUGAGUAACGGCGGCCUGCAGUGAUGGGCUUUGCAGAUGUCAGUGCGGGCUAGUAAAGGCAGCCAGCGGAAAGAGCGGGCUCUCGAUGGAGACGACGGUGAGGAUUUACUGGGAGACAGCGACGACCGACAGGAGGAUAUAGCGCGCUUUCCUUAUGUGGAGUUCACUGGCAAGGAUAGCGUCACCUGCCCGACGUGCCAAGGCACCGGCCGCAUCCCCAAAGGGCAGAUAAAUGAAUUGGUGGCUUUGAUCCCAUACAGUGACCAGAGGUUACAGCCACAAAGAACGAAAUUGUACGUCUUCAUAUCCAUUUUCCUGUGCCUCUUCAUAUCUGGAUUGGUUGUCUUCUUCUUGUUCCCUCGGUCAGUGGUUGUGAGUGAUGAUGGAAUCCGAGUGGUUAUAGUAACGUUUGACAGAAAUAACUCCAGAGUUGUCAUUGAUAUGACGAGUACGCUCAACAUUAGUAACUCCAAUUUUUAUACGGUUUCUGUCGAUACACUUACUAGCCAAGUCCAGUACAUGAAAACUGUGAUUGGAACAAAGCAGAUGAAUAAUGUUUCGGUUAUACCACCUCUAAGUGAGAAACAGGUGAACUACACUGUUCAAUUGGAAUUUCGUGGAGCUCUAAACUAUGUGUAUACCUUUUGCACAAUGCCAUCAAUCAAGGUCCAUAAUAUUGUUGUCUUCAUGCAGACCACAGUGAAAAGCUCUUACUUGGGACAUCCAUCGCAGAACUCUUUGGAGGCAUACCGGUAUUUGGAUUGUGGGUCCAAUUCUACAGCAUACAGGAGACCCUCUUUGAACCACUAAGAUUAUAAGAGUUUAUUUUGGGGAUUGGUGGCGAUGGGUAAAGAGUUUGGGCGGAGAGUAACGGUUCAAAGUAACUUGCGCUCAUUAAACACUGGACGGUGUUCUCUAGAAAAUUGAAGGGUCUAUUUCUGCAUCCUUGGUUUCAGUGGCCAUAUCCAACUAUUUAAUUUGUCGUUUUUUUUAAAAUCAAAUAAUACCUAAGAAUGCACUUUUUCAACCUCCUUGUGCUCAUCUGCUUCUUCAAUCCUCCCUAAGAAAGCAAUUGCAUUUGCAGUCUUCCCCCCUGUUCCAUGCAACAAAUGAUCUGAAACCAAUUGCAACAGUUGAACACUGAAAUUAAAAAUCCCAGAACCAACCUAUGACCCUGGAUGAUUUAAUUGUUCCAUUUUGGGACAUGUGAUGAUAAAAUACUCUUGACUCUCAUCCCUUCCAAUUCCCAGCACACUAUCUCUGACAUACAUGUGCACUUUAGCCCUAACCUGGUCACUUUCUCCAACCCUUUUUUUAAAAUCUUGCGUUUACACAUUUUGACGUCCUUGAUUCUGGUCCCGAAUAUUUUGCUUCCCCCUUUUUCUUGCUCACUUUUCCCUCUUCCCUCGAUAUACACAUUUUAAAUGCACUUGGCCUGGAGAAGGUAACCAACUUUUUUUUAAUUAAGAUUUGAAAAUAAGUCCACAUUAAAACUUUGCACCCAAGUUAUUACCAAUAAUGAAUUUUGGACUGAUAAAGUUAAAAAUAUUUACGUUUGAAUUGAGCAUUUAACAAGAGUACAAAAUGAAUUGCAAGCCAUUUAAAAGAAAAGUCAACUAGUGUAUGUAGCAAGUAAAUUUAAAAGCAAUUAACACUGCAAUUUGGGAGAAACUGUGUUUUAAUAUGCAUUGCAGAGAUCAUAUAUUGCUAUCACACCAGUUAUUUUUAACAUGCUUUAUUGAUUAGCCUGUUGCAUCACUAAAAAUGGUCAAUUCGAAAGUUGUCUAGCUUGGAUCAAUCUUGAUCACUUCAUUCCAAUCCCUAAAAUGAAAAAGCAAGUGGAAAUCUUUUGAUUAUUGCAUCUCUACCUUUUGGGCAGGUCCAAUUGAACCUGUGGCUAGUAGCUGUCCGAAGCUAGGUGUGUUUACAUAGCUAUGUACUGUUUGGGUGCACAGAGUAAGUCUCUAAACUACUGAAGCUCAAAGUGUAAAUGGAAGAUAACUAGUAUUCUAACUAACUUCAUUAGUAAUCUCUUCACAUUUUUUGUAUGGGUGCUAACGCCUUCCUUGCCAAAUGCACCAGAACCUAAGGGGGACUUGCACGUUUGUUUUGUUCCCUGUGGAGCAGACUAGACCAGAAGAGAGAAGACUGAAAAUACAUGUUUUUAUUCCUGUCACUUAACGUGGAAAAAAAAUGGUACUGGAAAGCAUGGAUUUUAUUUUUGUGGUGUCAUUUAUUUCAAGAUGUGUUUGCACUAUAAGGGUGUUUAUUGGGUAUGCACCCAUUUCCAGUGGUGUUGGGAUGAGAAGAAGGCUGACAUGUAAUGAAGUCCUUUCAUCUUGAGCAUUAGCCUGUGAUUUGGUUUGGGCAGUGCCUGUUUAAAGAAAAAUGCCACUGGUCAUUGCCAAAAUGUUCUGUGAUGUUCAAACUGUCCAUUGAAACGAGACCUAGUUCUUCUGUACAUGUAGAACCAUCAUUGGGCAGGUGGGAGAAGAAAUGUGGUGUUGGAAUUCCAACUUGUCUUUGCAAACGUGAUGUGGCUGUAGGUUUUUACCUUGGUUGAGUGGUGCAGAAGUGUCUAGAAAAACAAUAAAAUUAAAAAAUCCAGUCUAAUAGCUUUCAUAAAUUUAAUUCCCUACUCAUUCUUUCAGCAGAAUUUAUACCUUUUCUCUUUGCCAGUUAGAAACUGAUCUUUAUGUAACUGGCAACCUGACUUUGCCAAUAAUUGUGCCGUGUUAUUUGAAACCAAUAUUCCAACACCAUCAUUUGCUCCAAGAACUGCGAGGCUGAUACUUGUCCAUUAGUUUGAGUAUUCUACUAAAUGAUGAGCUUAGGGCCAGUUGCUUAAAAUUUCAGCAGUGGAUGGAGGCUGAUAAAUGGGUACAGUGAUCCUCUGACAUUCCCUAUUUUAAAAUGUAUUAUGUACAGAACAUCUGCUUUUGUGAUCAGUGUUGACGUGAGCAUUUCCCCCUAAAAUGUGCAUUGGUUGCCGUUUGGGGAAACAUUGGCAAUAUAGCUCAAUCCAUGUGAGGUUUCACCAAAUCAUUAAUUUUGGUUUGUCCAAUUCUCAACCCAGCCACUACUGGAAGGUCGUUCUUUUUGUGAGAUCUUUUGCCCAUCGUUCCACAGCUUUUGUAACAAUGACUUUUUAAUUCUGCUUAUAGAGAAGAGUAUUUAAUCAUGUUUCAUACUGAAUUGUUUUCUUUCCAAGGGAAAGGACAGGAGGCCUGACCAGGCUGAAAUGUCUUUAGCACUGAACUGAUGUGCAUUGUUUAAAUGUAAUGCUGUCAGUUACUAGCACUUUUCCAAAUAAAUGUUGAUUAAGGCA